CCCGUCCCUCCCCCGUGUUGCUUCUCCGGCUCCCAAGGGGACGUGACGCCGCGAGCGCCCGUGAGAAGCGGACGGCCGCCCACGCUACCAUAGAGACGCGGGGCAGAGCGGCUCUGAGCCGGCCCCGGAAGUGAGAGCCUGUGGUUGGAGGCCGCCCCCCGCGCUGGGAUUGGCUCCUCGCCCGCCCGCCCGCCCGCCCAACCGCGCCGGGCCCUGAGCGCUAACGAUGGCCGAGGCCGAGGCGGUGGAGCGGUUUUUGCGGCAGCACCCGACUCUGCGUCUCCUCCCGCCGGGGAAGAGGGUGCAAUGCACAUUGACUGGUCACGAGGUGCCAUGCAAGCUGGCUGCCCUUCAAGCCUACACGUCCAGCAAGAAAUACCUGAGGCUGAGCAAGGUUCCUGGAGUGUGGGACUACAGGGAAUACGAGCCUUACAUUGUACCCAGCACUAAGAAUCCACAUCAGCUCUUCUGCAAGCUCACUCUCCGGCACAUCAACAGAAUACCAGAACAUGUUCUGCUGCAUGUCCAAGGGCAGCGGUAUCAGAAGGCGUUGAAGAAAUAUGAAGAAUGCCAGAAGGAGGGUGUGAAGUACAUCCCAGCCUGCCUUCUCCAGAGGCAGAGGCGGCAGCAGCAGGAUGACCAGCCGAACAGCAGCCAGCAACCCCAUCAGAACGGGGAGUUCUGGGAGCCUCUGCCCAGUGAUGAAGAGGGAGAGAAGACAGAUGACAGCAUGAGUGACUUGUACCCACCCAAGCUGUUUCCAGAGAAAAGUCCAGCAGGUAAGGAGGGUACCAACGAGUUCAUGACAGAUAGUGAUGAAGAUGUAGCCAAGCCGGCAGCAGAGGACAAUGAGGGAAGCAAGGAAAUGGACGUCGACUCAGCAACAGGCAGCAAACGAGGAAAGGUGAGGAGGGAGAGAAACAAAUGGGGUCCUUCAAGAAGAAGCUCAAAAGGCAGCACAGAAAACCCGAGCGCUUUCAGAAAGUGAUGAAUGGGAAUAAUUUCAUGUGACCAUCUCAGAAUCUGCAGUGGAGUAGAGAAGACAGCGAACACAUCAGUGGAGAUCUGGAACAGGGUACUACCCCCAUUGCCAACCUAACGCCCCAGAGGCUCGCUGGUCCUGGCACCCCAGGCGUGGCCACCAGGCAUCCUUACAACGUUGCACCUGGUCAUAAUGUGCACUGAAGAUGCACAGGAGCCCGAACACACCACCUUCAGUGGGAAGGGCAUGAGAAAGACAGGAACCUCCGUAGGCAAGUUGGAAUGGCUGGUCACUCUGGGGCCACCAAAGAAAAAUACAGGUCUGGACUGGGGCUUUUCCUACAGACAGACAAGGAAAUCCUAGCACAGGAACUAGUAUUCUGUAAGCAGUUGGAUGAUAUUCUGUAACUACAGAAUUUUAAAAACUACAGAGUUUUAAAAAAAGAACGUAAAAUAAACCACAAAAUUGUCACAUUCAAACAGGUACCAUUUGGAUUAGAUUUCAACUUCAUUGUGUAUGCAUGCUUUUGUGAGACUAGCCGCAGAAUCACAGGAGAUUCUCGCCUCAUGGUAAGGUUUCCUUGUUUAAAAAAGCAGCUGUCAAUCUGAGCAAGGGAAACUCAGUCUGGUAUGCUAUAGAUUCUGGAUGGCCAAAGGCCAUCCAAAUCAACCUCAAGACAGGUGAGAAACCUGUUAGGACUACAAGCAGCUACCUAAUAAAAAGCCCCAUCCCUUUGGCUUAGUCCCAUGGAAUGGCAUGUAGCCAGUCCUCCUCAUCCUUAGAAGCAAGCAGGGAGACUACAAAAGUGACUCCCACCAGGCUUCUUAUGUGCAGAAAAAGCAGCCAGGUGCCUUUGUCACCUGAAUAUGGUGGUCUCAAGCAUAUUUUAAGGACCACCUUCUCCCAUAUGAACCUGCUCGUCUACUCUGGUCAUCUUUGGAGGCCCUGUUUUAGGUGCCUUCCCCAUCUGAGGCUAGAUGGGUGGCAACCCAAGAAAGGGCCUUUUCAGUCAUGGUGCCAAGACUCUGGAACUCCUCCCUUGGGAGAUUCUUCUGUCUCCCUCUGUCAUUAUCUUCUACCAGCAGGUGAAGACCAUUCUGCUUCAUCUGGCUUAACCUCAGCAAACUCUUACUGACCUCCAUCUUGGUUAUGUCAGUACUAGUAACAAAGCCUGUUGUGGGAAAAAAUACAACAGGCUCUAGAAAGGGGAGGGUAGGCAGGUGGGCAUUACCUCUUCCUCCAUGACUGAUCUUGGCUGGGUGAAGGGGGGGGAAGCAUUGCCAUCUGCUCCACACCUGAUCCUGGGCAUGUGAAAAGGCAGGUGGGCAUUGCCACCUGUUCUGUGCCUGAUCCUGGCUGGGUGAAGGGGGAGGAGGGCAUUGCCUCCUGCUCUGCCUGAUUCCAACAGGUUGAAGGGGGAGUGGGCAUUGCCACCUGCUCCGUUCCUGAUCUUGGCUAAGUAAAGGGGGUGGGAUAUCGCCACCUGCUUUGCUCCUGAUCCAGGCUGGAUUGGGGGAGGGGGCAGGCAUUGCGUCCUGCUCCACGUCUCAUCCCGGCUGGAGGAAGGGGGCAGGCAUUGCCACCUGCUCUGUGCCUGAUUCCAGCAGAUUGAACAGGAGGGGUUAGGCAUCGCUUCCUGCUCUGCACCUGAUCCUGGCCGGGUGAAGGGGUGUGUGGGCAUUGCCACCUUCUCUGCUCUUGAUCCCAGCUGGGUGAUGAUGGGGGGGGGCAUUGCCACCUGCUCUGCUUCAGAUCCCAGCUGGGUGAAGCAGGGGCUGGCAUUGCCACCUGCUCCACGCCUGAUCCCAGCUGGGUGAAUUCAGUGGGCAGGCAUUGCCACCUACUCUGCUCCUGAUCACAGCUGGGCAGAGUGGGGGCUGGCAUUGCCACCUGCUCUGCUUCUGAUCCCAGCUAGGUAAAGGCGGAGGAGAGACAUUGCCACUUGCUUUGCACCUGAUCCUGCGCUGGCUUUCCCGCCUCAGUGCGCUCUCUGGGGGGACGGGCUGCCUCUUCUCGGGUUCCCUCCACAGCAGCGCCCUCUGGAGGCGCACCAGGGUAGGAAUUGAGUUGUCUGGAACACGGUUAGCCUUUUAUAUAGUAGGAUGACAGUAUUUUUGGAGCUAAAUAUUUACAGAUGCACAUUUUUAAUAUCCUUUUAAUGUUUUAAUGUUUCUUGCCCUCUAUCUUAGCUACCUUAUAUGGGAGAAAAGGCAGCAUAUAAAUGUUUUAAAUAAAUACUCAGCUGUUAUGCAGCUGACUAGAUCCUGAGAGUUAUUCUCUCUUAAUUGCAGUUGCCUGGAACCAAACAGACAGGUAAGUUUUAUUCUCUCCAGUUAAGAUGUUUAAUUGCAAUUUAUGAAAGUGUUUUUAUGAAAGAGUUAAAAAAAAAAAGAUCCGAGU